AGUUGCAGCCAUUAACUCUAGCCUGUUAAUCAGUCCUAAACCUAAACUAGAUUAUAAUUCAUUUGAAAGCCUCGUUCUUAGUCUUUUACAUCCGACCUGGAAAACCUCGCAGCCACUUUUAUUUGUUAUAGUGUACCGUGCUCCUGGCCCGUAUUCUGAAUUUUUAUCUGAAUUCUCAGAGUUUUUAUCCAGUUUAGUUCUUAAAUCAGAUAAAGUUAUUAUUGUAGGCGAUUUUAACAUUCACGUCGACGUUGAUAAUGACUCCCUGGCUACCGCGUUUAUCUCAUUAUUAGACUCCAUUGGCUUCAGUCAGGGUGUACAUGAACCUACUCAUUGUUUUAACCAUACCCUUGAUCUAGUUCUGAUGUAUGGAAUUGAAAUUGAUAACCUAAAAGUCUUUCCACAGAAUCCCUCGCUAUCGGAUCAUUAUCUGAUUACUUUUGAUUUCUUUUUACUCGAUUACACGCCACUCAGCAACAGUUACUAUACUAGAUGUUUAUCAGAUAGUGCUGUCGCAAAACUAAAGGAAAAGAUUACUUCGUCGUUAAAUUCAAUACCAAGUCCUUCAGUAACAGAGGUUUCCUGUGCCGACUUUAACCUCUCCCGAAUUGAUCAUUUUGUUGAUAGCACUGUAGGCUCGCUACGAACAACGCUCGACUCUGUAGCUCCUCUUAAAAAGAAGUUAAAAAAGCAAAGAAAGUUCGCUCCUUGGUAUAACUGUCAAACCCGUAAGUUAAAACAAAUAUUGCGAAAAUUUGAAAGGAAUUGGCGAUUAACCAAACUGGAAGAAUCUCGUUUAAUCUGGACAGACAGUCUCAAAACUUAUAAGAGGGGCCUCCGCAAUGCCAGAGCAAACUAUUACUCAGCUCUAAUAGAAGACAAUAAGAACAACCCCAGGUUUCUUUUCAGCACUGUAGCCAGGCUGACUGAGAGUCAAAGCUCUAUUGAGCCUUGUAUUCCCUUAGCCCUUAGCAGUAAUGAUUUUAUGAGCUUUUUUAAUGACAAAAUUCUAACUAUUAGAGGCAAAAUUCAUGACCUCCUGCCCUCAGAUAGUACCUAUCUAACCUCAAACACAGCUGUAAAACCUAAUAUAUAUUUAGAUUGCUUCUCCCCAAUUUCUCUUCAAGAAUUGACUGCAGUGAUUUCUUCAUCCAAAUCAUCAACGUGUCUCUUAGACCCCAUCCCAACUAGGCUACUUAAGGAGGUCUUUCCUUUAGUUAACACUCAUAUAUUAGAUAUGAUCAAUAUAUCCUUAUUAACAGGCUAUGUACCACAGUCUUUUAAGAUAGCUGUAAUUAAACCUCUACUAAAAAAGCCCACCCUGAAUCCAGAGGUGUUAGCCAAUUAUAGACCAAUAUCUAAUCUUCCCUUUAUGUCAAAGAUCCUUGAGAAAGUAGUCGCAGACCAGCUGUGUGAUUUUCUCCAGGAUAAUAAUUUAUUUGAGGAAUUUCAGUCAGGAUUUAGAGUGCAUCAUAGCACUGAGACAGCUCUAGUUAAAAUUACAAUGACCUUCUGAUUGCUUCAGACAAAGGACUUGUCUCUGUACUUGUUUUAUUAGAUCUUAGUGCAGCGUUUGACACAAUUGACCAUCAAAUUCUGCUACAGAGACUGGAACACUUAAUUGGCCUAAGAGGUUCUGCACUAAGCUGGUUUAAAUCUUAUUUAUCUGAUCGUUUUC